AUGUCUCAUAAAUCAAACUUUUCUUUAGUUACCUGGCCGCCAGGCCUUUACCUUCCCAUCCUCGCCACCUGUGAAUACCAUCUGGCUCUCGUCGAAGAAACAAACUCACUCUUGCGCACCAGCACCAACAAUGGCACCACUUCCAUCAUUCUUCGGCACGAUGUCCGCCACGUACUGGCACUCCGUGCUUUCCCUCAAGUCGCCGAAAUCCUUGAUCGCAUCCCCCGAGCCCUGGGCCUCGGAGACGUCGUAGAUGGCGAAGCGCUCGUCGUGGGACAGCGCGUAGACGAGGGAAGGGCCCAGAAAGCCGGCCCUGUGGAUGGAGGCGUUGAGGUUGAGCGUCUGCACCGUGAGCUCGUCCUCGUCCGCGAUGGAGGUGUCGUGGACGCUGACGAGGCCGUCGGUAGAGCCUGA